GGGUUAGCCGGCACUCACCUACGCAACAGAACAACCAAAGCAAUGGCUUUCCGCCUCUACCACUUAGCUCUUAUAAUUACUCUUCUAAUGCCCAAUUGGUGCUUGUGUUCAGCAAGCAAUGAGUUGGGGAUUAAGCUGUGCGGACGAGAAUUCAUCCGGACUGUGGUGAUGUCCUGCGGGGGUUCAAGGUGGAAGAGGUACUCACCAGAGCCAGGACAGGAGAGAGUUAAUCCCUACAGAGACUUCAUUGACUGGCUGAACCGAGACUUCCUUGACAACCCAGAAAGCUUUAACUCCUUGUACAACGAAGGGCAUAGUGCGCGGAAUGUUCUCUCUCCUGUCCGGCAGCAGCAAGAUACCACCAUGGAGCAGUUGCAGGGGCCCUUAUAUGAUUCAUUAGUAGGUCAAGAACCACGGAGCACCAGCCUACGGAUGAGGAGGAGUGUGGGACCAGCAGGGUCUUGUUGCCAGAGAGGCUGCACCAAGACUGAACUUAUGAAGUUUUGCUAGCAAGACCUAUAACACUCUAACCAAUGGCACCAAGUAUCUCUGUAUCACUCCCAAAAGCUUCUUUUCUCUCAAAAUAGCAACUUUGGUUCACCUGUUACCACAUGUCACCUUUGGAAUAAUUACUACAUACAGAACUACAUUCUAGAUGUUCAAUCUUAUUCAGUCAUGCAGUGCUUGAUGGGUCUUUCUAAUAAAGUACACAGUUAUCUCACUCAUGUUACAGACCUGUAACUGUCACUGAAAUAUCAGAAAAGCAAUGUUGCUUAGUUAUAGGACUAGCAGAAAAGUCAUAUAUUUCAUAUAUUCUCAUAUAUUUCAGCUUUGUAUUAUGUGUAUUUGUGCAUGCUUUGCAGGAUAUCAAGAAAUUGUGAAGUAACCUACAACAGCUCAGGUCAGCAUUUCUUCAAUGUAAUGGGUAAAUUAUUUAAUUAAUUUAACAUGUGGGAGGGCUGCUUUAUUGUUACCAAGGAGUCUGUGGUAGCCAUGAGGCUGGCCAAGGGCCACAAAAUUCAUUAGUAGUCCACAUCUGACCUGCACAAAAAUCCCCCUUUAAAGUGUUGCCAUAUAAUUGUGUUUUUGUCUGUAACUUUUCUGUCUGCUGUCAUUGUCAUCUUAUUCACUAAUCAGUAAGCAAACCAUUCUAAUAAACAUGUUAGGACAGUGCUGUCCAGCUUAUUCCAUGUAGUGAUUAUACUAUUGGGAAAACCACGUCUUCAUGGGCAGAAAACCCCAUGAGCAGGCUUCCUUGAGGGCUAUUUUUCUACCUCUGUACUUAUUUUGGACCUUAACUGCUUGUGCAUAAACACAUUGCUCUCUUCAGCUUGUCUGAUUCCUACAUUUUGUGUUUUUUUUUGUUUCAUGCUUUGGCUUGGAAAAAUAAACCUAACAUAU